CAAACUAAUGUCGCGUCCAUCGACAUUUACGGCGCAAAUCUCGAUCCCGCUGCAUCGUCAGGACAAAAUGCUCCGGGCGUUGACUCGUCACGUGGACACGGCAUGCGACGAACAGCAGAACUUCCAAGGCACAGCUUCUUAGGCCUACUCAUUAGGACCAAGCAUUCAUCGUCCACUGGCGAUGCUGUGAGGACAGCAAGAAGACCCUUGGCUGGGAUCGCGUUUCCACGAACACACCCAUGGCGACGGCCUCUGGUAAUACUGGGCGGCCGAAGCCGUUCUUCCCAAAAGCAGACGCCGCCAUCCUAACAUCGAGACAUGGACUCCCGCCGGCUCGUCCGCGGACCGUCUGGCCUGUCUUCGAUCCGGACAAUGUCGACAGGCCUAUCGGAGCGUGGACCCCGGAAGUAGGGGAAUGCUUCUAUCCUCCAAAGGUGGACGAAUUUGCGGCAUCGUCAAUCCCUGACGAGCCCAUGUGCAUCCCCGACCGAUAUCUGCGCGCCUUUCUAGCCGAGAAUGAGAGAUUGAGGUCGUCCAUGCUUUGGUACUACACCCGCGAUAUCCUCAGCGAGACCGAGUUUCUUUCUGGCCUUCAGGAAAAGGCACAUUUAGCACAGGAAUCCACUGGCUGGGAGUUUGUCGUCAUCGGCAUUCUCGAUGUCAAUUACUACAUUCGCCUGGCAUCUAUCGGGCUUCCUUUGGCCAUUCUUCCACGCGGAGAGACCUUGUGUGCACACACUGUUACCCAACCUCCCGGCAAUGUUUUUCUGUUGCCAAAUAUGAUGGAAGACUGGAGAUUUAGAAAUUCACCUUACGUUGAGUCUGGUGGGCUACGGGCAUAUGCUGGAGCUCCACUCCGCUUGCAAAGUGAGUCGGGAGACUGCGUUAGCCUUGGAUCACUUUGUGUCACUUCAAGAACAAAACAGGAGCCUUUGACCAAGUCUCAACAACAAACACUCGCUCGCUUGGCCGACUGGGUCGUCGCCGAUAUUGUUCAAUGUGCAAGAGCAAGGCGUCAGCGAGACCGGCGCCGAAUGUCAGAACUUAUCUCAUCAGCACAAGCCGAAGCAGAAAAAACAUCUUCUGAAGAGCCGAUUUUACGGAUACUGAGGGCUACGUAUCCAGAUGCGGCCGUAAAUGUACAAUCAUCCAAGCAGGCCCGUGUCGAAAUCGAAGAUCAUGACCCUAUACCCUUGGCCGACUUCGAGGGUGGUUUGUGGGAGGACACAGAUUACCUUGACGAUUUCAUCAAUAACUCAAACCAAAAGGCUUUCCCUUCAACCAGGGUAGUACGUGCCAUUAUUGCACCAUGCGACACCCUAGCGGGACCUUCUUCGCUCGUUGUAGCUUCCAAAGACUUUCGACUGGUGUUUGAUGAUGUUGAUUCCUGGUUUGUUUAUACUUGUGCAACCAUGCUCUCUCAGGUAUGGCACAAGCGCCUCCUAACGGAAGUAAUGAGAGCAAAAGAAAAGUUUCUUCGCGGAAUUUCUCACCAACUUCGAACCCCGAUUCAUGGCAUACUCGGUUCUGUAGACCUGCUGGCCGAAGAGCUUUUGUUGCGAAAACAGCGUGAAAGUAAGGAGGCGACAUCAUUGCCGGCCAUAGAUUUGACAGCCAAGCUUUUAGAAUCCACCGUCUAUCUGGAUACCAUCAAAUCGGCAGGACGAGAUCUGAUGUCCAUAGUCAACAACAUGAUUACCCUAAACCGGUGGGCCGACAUCGCGAUGACGAAUCGACAUUAUGCUGAACACACUAUUAACGAUCUUGAGAUGGAGCUGGGAAAUGAGCUUCGAAAAACAACUUCAGACGAUACUCGUUAUAAGGCCUCUGUUUUCUUUCACCAUGACCUAUUGCUGGAUUGCGUCAACUUUCGGACCGACCUCGGCCUCCUUCGUGACAGCUUGGUACCAAUCAUCAUUAAUGCCAUUCAAAAUACUCCAAAGGGCAUCAUAACGGUAACCACAUCGAUAGAUUCGGAUCACCAACAGCUCAUCGUUGAUGUUGAAGACACUGGCCGUGGUAUUCAUCCUGACCACCAUGAACGCAUAUUUGAGCCUUAUGAAAAGGUUGAAAUGCAUUCGCUGGGUGCUGGACUCGGCUUGACCAUCGCAUCCAGGUUGGCAACACUGCUUCACGGGUCUGUUAGUUUGGUGUCGUCAGACGUCAACCGUGGAUCACACUUCAAAGCCACAUUCCAGGAGAUGGAAUGUGCCCGCGUACCACUUUUAUCACAGCCCCUUGCUCAGAAGUUCAAUACUUUACCCUCCAAAUUUUACAACAUGACGACUGGCUUAGAUAACACAUUGCUGUUCGACCGCUUGACUCGAUUCUUGGCCUUGCACGGCUUUAAAUCGUCCGAUAGCCUGGAUGGCUCCUUUGCCAUUUUGGAUUUUGUGUCAGACUUGAAGAAGCAUCGCUCAAAUAUGUCCCAGAUCCCCUCAGGAUACGUUGCCCUCUGCCUGGUGCCGGCUUCGGAAGGGAAAUGCUUCCUGGAUCAGACAUCUAAGAACAUAAUAUAUCUCAGCGCACCCUUUUUACCUUCCACGAUAAGCUCAGCACUCGAAGAGGCAGACAAAUAUCUUUCAAAUAUGAAAAUCUCUAAUGCAUGUACGCCUCGACCUGACGAUUCUUCGAUCAAUCCCUUGGACAUACCCACAGAUCUGAGCACAGAGAAUGAGGAUAAGCCCUCAACCUGUCCAAAUGAGCAGGUGGCUCAGCCAACCGCAGGUAACCCGGCCCAAACUGGCUUAAUAACGCCCCCCGUGGAAAUAAAUUACGAUGCUUCAAUCCCCACCGCCCUCACAAUCUCCACGCCUACGGCACUACUUGUUGAUGACAAUGUCAUCAAUCUCCGCAUUUUGCAGAUGUACUGCACCAAACGGGGACUCCCAUACCACUGCGCGACUGACGGCCUGCAAGCUGUGGAGAUAUUUUCCCGACAACAGUCCCUGGCCACCGCUGGCAAGGGAGCAGGGAUCCACCUAAUCUUCAUGGAUCUUCAAAUGCCAGUCUGCGAUGGAUUCAAAGCCACUCAACAGAUACGCCAGCUGGAGAAACAGAACAAGUGGGGGCAAAGUAUCAUGUUUAUUGUGACCGGCCAAGACAGCCCGGCAGACAAAUCAACUGCAGAGGACGUUGGUGCCGAUGAAUACCUGGUGAAACCUGUCGGCAUCAAAAUUUUGGAUCGUAAUGUGGCUCGGCAUUUUCCCAAAUUUAAAGCCGGCUGAGGGACCAUAUAAAUGCAGUACACGAGCACACCAGCAUAUGCGCGGCCGUCCAUCGCCGCCCGCCGUCUUCCAUAUCUUGUAGUCCGCCAAUCCGUUGAUAACCCAGUACACCAACGGCUAUUCAGUACGACGAAAUACGAUGAACACUGCCAGACGUAGACAUGUCAAUGAACCACAGUACGAUUAUACGAGAACCUUACCUAACAUCUGUCAGUACAGUACAGCCUUACGAGGUAGACGAGCGACGUCACAAGAUAUAGAUCAUUUUUGAGUGAUGAUAUAUUGUUAAUAAUCCCACCAAUAGUAACAUUUUGUCUCCGCAUUGGUCAGCUUCUGUAUGCUAGUGUGUUGUUUAAUAUAUGCAGAGAACAUAUAAGUGUACUAUUUGGUAGCCAUGUCUAGAGCACCCCUAUCCAAUCCGUAUACAAAUCUUGGUGUGCUUUAAAAAUAGUUGCUGC